CUAUUUUAGACUUGUAGUCAUUGAAAUUUACAUAACAGUGUGCAUUACUUACUUCGAUACAUCAAGCCAAGAAAAAAAUCCAGAUUUGUUUGAAUUGCAAUAGUAAUGACAUUAAAAAUAUUUUUGCAUAAUUAAUUAUUAUUUAUUGAACCUUAACCAUUGUCAAAAAUAUACAAAAAGUACAAUGUUACGAAGUAUUGUGGAAUAUUAUGCAGAACACGAAAGAUAUAAAUGUGGAUACUGUAAAAACCUUGAUACUAAUUAUAGUCAUGGUAUGUGGACACAUUCAUUAACUGCACAGGAUUAUCAAGAUCUCAUUGACAGGGGUUGGAGAAGAUCUGGAAAAUAUUGCUAUAAACCCACAUUGAAUAUUACUUGCUGCCCAAUGUAUACUAUAAGAUGCCAAGCACUAAAAUUCAAAGCUACGAAAUCCCAAAAGAAGAUACUGAAGAAGUUCAACAAGCAUCUCUUAGGACAAAACGAAAGUCACAGGAAGAUGUCUACAUGCAGUUCAAGUUCAGAAACAUUGAAUGAAACUUGUCAGAAUGGAGCAGAACAGCUUAUGCUGUGCACCAGAGAUCAUACUAAAAUAAAUGUAGAUGAUAUUAAAUUUAUUGAUGAUGAUGAUAGAUUUCUUGGCGAUAAUGAGCAGCCAGUACAAAGAGGUGUACUAAAAAGUAAUGAAAAUACAAAAGAAACAUAUAAAAUUGAUACAAAUACAGGUAAUUCUAGUCAUGAUCCCAACAGAGCCCCACUCAAGAAGGCAAAGUUAUUAAGAAGAGAGAGAAAAUUGGAAAAAUUAAAACAGAUGGGUAUUGACACCACAACCAUAAGUAAUUCUAGUAAAACCAAGGAAAAACAAUUAGAGGAUUUCAUAAAUGAACUUCCAGAUGAUGCAAAACAAAAGUUGCAGAUAAAAUUAGUACGAACAAACCCACCAAGCCCUGAAUGGCAGGCGACCUCAAAGCAGACUCACGCUGUUUACUUAAAAUAUCAAACUACUGUACAUGAUGAUGAACCUGACAAAUGUACUGAAAGUAAAUUUCAUGACUUCUUACUCAACAGUCCUUUAUUGGAAGAGUACAGUGCUAACGGGCCUCCCUGCGGCUACGGUUCUUUCCACCAACAGUAUUGGCUUGACGGAAAGCUAAUAGCCGUGGGGGUGAUCGAUAUACUGCCGAAAUGUGUUUCGUCUGUUUAUUUCUUCUACGAUCCAGAUUAUAUGAAUUUAACGCUCGGUACUUAUGGAGCUCUGAGGGAAAUUGAGUUCACAAGGUAUCUGCACUCAUUAUGCCCGGAUAUUCAAUAUUACUAUAUGGGCUUUUACAUACACUCUUGUCAAAAAAUGAGGUACAAAGGGAACUUUCACCCCUCGGACUUGUUGUGCCCAGAAACUUACAAGUGGUUCCCGUUGAAGGAUUGUAUUCCUAAGUUGGAACUAUCGCCGUAUUCAAGAUUGGACCCCGACAUAGACAGUUUAGAUACAAAUCAUCCUACCGAAGAGGAUAUUAAUGAUAUACCGGUGUGGGUCAGUGGAUCCGUGAUGCUCUACAAAGUAUUCAGGAGAAGCCUUAUCUCGCGACGAGAUGACAAAAGCGAAGUCCUCGAGUACGCGCGUUUUGUUGGAGCUAAAACAGCCAAAAGUCUGAUACUAGUUAGAUAAUUUUAACUGUUGUUCAAUUUAUAGUUUAAUAUUUGUUGAUAGCUAUAGGUUGGAUUGUUUAAUUAAACGUUUGAACUUUUAAUAGAGAUUUCGCUUUAUAGCAAGUGUUUCUUAGUAGGAUAGGACUUAAAAUAAUAUUAAUGCAUUAAAUUUGUUUUAUUUCUUUGUUUUCUGUACUUUUUGUCACCAUAUUUAUUACAAAAAAAACGGUACUUAUUUGGGAAUUUUCGUGGUAUUAGAUUCAUCCACUAAUAUCGUAUGUACUUACCCUUACUUAAAUGUUUAUUUAUUCUACUACUGAUUUUUGUCUUUGAGUUAAACAUAUUAAAUUAAUAUACGUAGUGUAGCUAUGCGUAGAUUACCUAUGAUUAGAUAACCUACCUCUUUGUUCUAAUACCAAUUUCCGUUGUAUUUUUGUUAAUAAAUUUGGUAAAUAAUGGCAGUAUUCACUAACCCUAGUUUACAUCGUAUGUGAAGUUGAAUAAAAAACAACAUGGUUUAAAACAAAAUGGUAUUUUUCUUACAUUAUUAAGGCCAUUCAUUACUCAUUGAGAGCGUCUUUUUCGUUUUUUGACGUAAAUAACUCUUUACACAAUGCUCAUUCAAAAAAUAUUUUCAAAAACGCUUUUAUGUCAUCGGUAUUACCUAUCACAAAGAAUUUAUCUCAUUGUCACUUGUAAAACUGCAGAAAUGCGCCGCCAGGAAUUCAGGCCUCUUCAUCAAAAGUCAACUGUCAAAAGAUAAUUCUGUGACAAUAUUUCAGUUUUCCAUCUAUGGAAGUAAAAAUGAAUAUUAACAGAAUAAUUAUGAAUGUCUGCGCAUACAGGGGAUUUUUUGUUUGUUUAAAGUACCCCGCAAACAUUAACCUUUCUCGACUUAUUUGUUAGAAAAAUGUAAUAUUUAAUUAUAUCUCUGAUAAAUGUUAAUAAUUUACUACUGUACUUAUUGUAGGUACUUAAUAUAUAGAAAAAAUAUAUAA